AUGACUAAUUUUGGUCGAAUGGGACUAAGACAUGAAUUUGUAGAAGGUGUCACUGGUUUUGUGGAGUAUGCAAAGACACUAGAACCUUUUCAACGUAGUGGUAUGAUUAAGUGUCCUUGUAAUAAAUGUCAAUGUUUGAAUUAUGAAAAACCAGAUAUUGUUGAGCUUCAUCUCUAUCGAAAUGGGUUUAAAAGGGAAUACACAGUGUGGACUAGUCAUGGAGAAAUUGAUAAUAGCUUUGAUGUAUUUCAACAUUAUGUUCUUGGUGAAAGUAGUAGCGCAGUGAAUUCUAAUGCACAAAAUUAUAGAAUGCAUGACAUGGUUCAGGAUGCGUUUGGGGUGCAUUCUGAUUUUGAAUCUGGUAAUCAAGGUGAAGAAGCUCCUAAUGUUGAAUGUAAAAUUUUCUUUGAACAAUUGGAAGCUGCUAGUCGGCCUUUAUAUGAGGGGAGUCCACAUUCACAGUUGUCAAUUGCUGUUAGAUUAUUAAGUAUCAUAUCAAAUUGGAAUGUUCCUCCAGGGGCAAUGGACUCUGUGAUUGACCUUAUGCAUGAUUUAGUUGACCCAAAGCUAGAGAUACCUGAUAAUUUCUAUAAGGCAAAGAGGUUGGUAUCAAAGUUAGGAUUGUCAUCGAUGAGAAUUCAUUGUUGUGAAAAUGGUUGCAUGUUAUACUAUAAGGAUGAUAUUGAUCUAGAAUCGUGUAAGUUUUGUGGAAAAUCUCGUUAUAAGCAGACUCCUAGUGGGAAGAAAGUUCCUAUUAAGGUGAUGCAUUACUUACCUCUUAUACCAAGGUUAAAGAGGUUGUAUGCAUCUAAUAGAUCUGCUCCUCAUAUGAGAUGGAACCAUGAAAAUAGAAGACCACCUGGUGUUAUGUUCCAUCCUUCAGAUGGAGAGGCCUGGAAGCAUUUUGAUAGAACAUAUCCACCGUUUGUAGCUGAACCACGGAACAUUAGAUUGGGUUUAUGUUCAGAUGGAUUCACGCCACAUUCUGUUUCUGCUGCACAAUAUUCUUGUUGGCCUAUAUUUGUAACACCAUAUAAUCUUCCACCUGAGAUGUGCAUGACCAGUCCAUAUAUAUUUCUCAAUUGUGUCAUUCCUGGCCCACGGAAUCCAAAAGUCUUUAUUGAUGUAUACUUGCAACCUUUGAUUAAUGAGUUGAAACAAUUGUGGGUUCAAGAGGUUGAAACAUUUGAUGUGUCUCUUAAGCAAAAUUUUAAUUUGCGGGCUGCCUUAAUGUGA